AUGCCUGGGAGAGGAGGACAGUCUCUCUCCAUGGUGUGUGUAGGUGUCUGGAUUUUAGCUUUGUCUGUUCUAUCAGUCACAGCUGAUGCCACUUCUCCAGAAGUUACCGGGUCCUGUGAUUCUCAAGGAUUUCCAGGGCCGCCAGGCCCUCCAGGGUUACCUGGCCCUCCAGGGCCCCCAGGCCCUCCAGGAUUACAAGGACCAACUGGGAUUCCGGGAGACACUGAGAGUUGCUUGCCUCCCCCUAAAUCUGCCUUUGCAGUGAAGCUGAUUGAUCCCCUCCCAGCCCCUUCCCAGCCCAUUGUCUUCAAGGAAGCCCUGCAUAAUGACCAGGACCACUUCAAUCUUACCACGGGAGUGUUCACCUGCACCAUCCCUGGCGUGUACCGCUUUGGCUUUGACAUAGAGCUAUUCCAGCAUGCUGUGAAGUUAGGGCUCAUGAAGAAUGGCACUCAAAUCCUGGAGAAAGAGUCCAAGGCCAAGGACAAUUAUAGGCAUCUUUCCGGAAAUGUCGUUUUGCAGCUGACAUUGGGAGACAGAGUCUGGCUGGAAUCCAAGCUAGACACAAUGGAGACCAAGAAAGGACCAAUUCAAAGUAUAUUCUUUGGGUAUUUGCUCUAUGGACAUUAUCCUGGCUAA